CGCGUUUGAAGUGGAAGACAAUCAAGGAAUGACAACAAACUGAACUUUAAAAAUAUAUUUGCAUCAAUUUUCCCAAAAUUUAUUUGAUUAGAAAUAAUGGCUUCGGUCGGCCUGCGAACUGCGUUUAACGAGCAUUUAUUCGGAGAACCCGAACAGGAUGCCAAUACAGCUCUAACAGAAUUAGACAAGGGACUGCGUUCUGUGAAAAUCGGUGAACAAUGUGAGGCAAUUGUUCGUUUCCCUAGGCUCUUUGAAAAGUAUCCAUUUCCUAUCCUCAUAAAUUCAGCUCUGCUCAAGCUAGCGGAAGUCUUCAGGACAGGAACCAACUUCCCAAGACUAUGUGUCCUCAGAGUCUGUCAGCAAAGCGAAAAACACCUAGACAAGAUCCUUAAUGUAGAUGAGUUUGUAAAACGGAUUUUCACAGUUAUUCAUUCCAAUGAUCCAAUUGCCAGAUCACUGGCAUUAAGGACUCUGGGCAGCAUGGCCAUCAUCAUCUCUGACCGGAAGUCUGUCCACCACAGUAUUCGCGACAGUUUAGACUCUCACGAUGCCGUUGAACUAGAGGCAGCUAUCUACGCCGCCUCCAAGUUUGCCGCCCAGUCUCGAACAUUCUCCGUCAACAUGUGCAGCAAAAUCGCCGAAAUGAUUCAGGGCUUGGCCACACCUGUAAAUAUCAAGCUAAAACUAAUCCCCAUACUACAGUAUAUGCAUCACGAUGCCCAUACAGCUGCCAUGGUACGUCGUUUAUGCGCGCAGCUUUUGCCCAGCUAUCCUGCCCAAAAUUUUGUGUGCGUUACACUGCACACAUUGACACUGCUGGCUAGCGAAACUCUAGUUGAGAUACCUCAACAAUUACUAUUACUCCUCGAAUACCUUUGCGAUUCGAGGAGGGGCGUUCAGGCCCAAGUGUUAUCUGAUUUGAAAAUCCUGGCUGUUAAAGGCGCUCAUUUGUGGACUACUUCGAACGUGGAUGGCCUCAUAGAUUUAUUGCUUGAUCAGCCUCAGUUGGAAUUGCAGAGACGAGCGCUAGAUGUUCUUGUCACGCUGGCUAUGGCUGAGGCUGCCAAUUGUUUUACUCUUAAAGCUGAUACAAAGCUACACUUGAUUUGGAACCAGUGUUGCUACAGUUGCGAUCGCUCUGUUGCAGCCAAAGCAGUUCAGCUCCUUGUGCAACUAGUAAUCAUUUCAAGCAAGCAAGGCGGGUCCACCUCUUCAAUUCCAGAUCUCAGUCAAGACGCGGCUUUAGCUGUAGAGUCGCUCAUGUUGGGUCUUUGCUUAGCCGAAAAUACCGAAGAAAGGGAACUUAAAAUUGUCUUGGCAUCGGCCGUCCAACUGAGCCGCGUGGCCGGAGCAGAAGUCAGCGCGGCCAUGGUGGAUUGCUUGACUCGUCUUUUGCUUCUAUCAUCUGGUCCCACACUGGUCUUGCUCUGCCAAGCUUUGGCUGCCAUAGGAGAUACCCAACCCUCCGCUAUCAUUCCAGCUUUAGUUGAUAUCAUGUCCAUGCUAAAAAAACUAACCGUUCAGAGCAAUCAAGAAGUAUUGGCUAUCCCUCUACUAUGCGUCCUGAUGUUUCAAACGCACGCCGCGCAUUGUUGGUCUCAGCAGGCCAAUGAAGUAGUUAAUGACGCCAUUUUCAGGGUGGAUUUGUGGGUGGCUUUUCGUAUCGCCCGCUCCGCCACAAGGUACGGGCAUCAUGCGAUUGCAUACAAAAUAUUUGACCGCCUGCUGGGCCAUUUAUCGACGGAACAUCUUUAUUUUUGGAUCCAGGGGCUGCGUGAUUUCACCUUAGCUGAAUCUCACCUAUCCGGACCCGAUGCUAGGUCAACCGUUUCUCUUAUGGAACGAUUAGUGCUGGCAGCCAAACUUUACUUGCAGGGUUUAUCCUCUUUGAAGGCGGCUACUAGCCCAACACGCGUCCUUCAGUUCCAAGCGGAAUUCGGACGACUACGUGUUGAAUUUCUUUCGGCGUGCUCUCAACUUGUUCAGGCUUGUCGAACGCUGCAGACGGCUCCGCCACCUGCUAUCGCCCAUGCAGUAGCGGCUGCCACUCGCGAUGAAUUACAACGAUGCGGACGAAUUACUCAUCAGUUGAGAAAGUCAGUUGUAGCACUCCGCCAGGUGGCUGAAGCGUUAUCCAAACUUGGACAGAGCGCCUUCGACGCUGAUCCGGAGAGCCUCACCAACUUGCAAUUACAGAAACAAAUGGCACUGAUUUUGGCGCAGACGGUCGAGUCUACCUGUCUCAGAGCCUCGCAGCAGGGCGUCAUGACCGCCGAAGACGAUUUACCUGUGAUCAACAAAACUGUGCAAACUGAACACGUUGCUGUUCGUAGCAUGGCUCUCAGAUGCGCCGAAUCGGUGGAUCUUGUACGAUGUUUCCGUGAUAGGAAUCCGGAUUUGAAACUCAUUAAUCAUUUGAACGUCGGAUGCAUUAUGGAUUGCUUGAAGCUUUUGGUUGAAACGCCUCUGUGUUUCCCACGGUUCAUGUUUCAAACACUUCAGACCACCUCAAUCAAGUUGGCAGUGAGCCCACAGCCGAGAGUAGCAGGUGAAGCUAUUACUACUACCAUGGGCUCUCAACUUGCUGUUAAGGUGGAAGGAAUCGUUCAGGUGACGUCAAGUCAGCGAUCAUCAGGACGAAGAGUACGGGCCGUUCAAGUGACUAUCCAGUCCAAUCCAACCAAUCCUACUGUUGGACCGGAUGGCAAGCCGGUCGAGUCCAAUGUCAGUAUGAACAAAACCGUUGAACCGCACAAUGACUAUUUCUCGGCUCAAUUUUUACUGACGUUCGCUGCUGCCGGCCUACACCAAGUUUUUGUUGAAACGGCCUUGCUGGACACCUUCGAUGCGUUAUGGAAUGCUGGACCUAAAGCACAGUUGUCCGUUAAGAUCUUUGAAGAAUCAGGUUCAUCGAGAACGACGUCAAGUAGUUCAUCUGCUGCUGCGAGAGUCUCUGUCGCUGCGACCUCUUCAAGGAGCUAAUUUAUCCUUAGUUCAUGCCGUUUUAUCUGAAUAAAUUGUUUCUUACCCAAC